UUGCCUACUUUUAAAACUGAUUUGGAGAUAAUAAAUUAUUUGAUAAUAAUACAUUCAAAUGGUAAUUCAAAAUAAGUCAGGUAAGUCAGUACUGAUCAACCUUUGUACUAUCUUUCCCGUGAGCCAUGUUAUUUUCUGUAUGUGCAAUCCUUACAUCCCCCAAAGAGAUUAAUGAACAUCUAUCUAUCUAUCGGUACAUUUAUCCAUCUAUACAUCUGUCACAGCUAUUCCAUCAGAUAAUUCCUUUUCUAGAGGAAUUCUGGGAGAAGUCUUUGGCACCAGGUCAUGACCUGUUUCUUUGCCUCGUCUAAGGGCUGAAAUUCAGUCUUAGGAAUUGGCAAAAAAAAUUUGAUAAAACAUGAUGAAAACUCUUGACAUUUCAAAUAUUCUUCAUGUUUUAAAUUUGAAAAAAAAAAAAAAAAACGAACCUAAAGAGAUCAGCCAGCGUUAACCUAGACUUAAGACUUAACGUGAUUGACAUGACACAUAUUUUGUCCUCAUUGGACUUAACCUUGAAUUCCACUACAAUACAACAGAACUCAGCGUACGUCCAAUAGCGGUUUUCAGUAUGAAACAGUUUUGCCUAUGUGUGCAUCUUGACCAAUUGUUCCCCGUUUACAGAUUUGACUGACCUGGUCACAUUCCUGUGGUAUGAAUACAAAGCCAUUUCACAGUUGCUCAACUAAAAGAAGUCAUUUUUUUCCCUUGUUUCUUCCUCUUUCAAUCUAAAUAAUCUUCUUUGACCUUAAUGUUCGCCUGACUCAGGCUCUGAAGCAACUUUGUUUCCAUCGUCUAAACUGCACGCUGAACUUUUACCUUUAACCCCGCUGUUGACUGUUCAGAAGAGGUAAAUGCUUGUGUGCGUUUAGGGAUGUUGUGUUAAUGAUAAAUCCCACCAUACCCAGACAGCAAGUAUAUUACAGCGAGUUUUGACCUUAGUUUGGUUUGUUUUCAGUUUAACAUCGACCACCACUUAUCUUUUGGAACCAAAGAUGUUCUAGUUUGAUUAAGUCAGGAUUCUAAGGGGUGGAGGUAACUUAGGUUAAGUUUUAAAGAUCUCAGCUAAACAGCGAUUUAAUUAUCAUCAAGCUAGUGUAAGUAAAUAUUAUACUUUAGCUCCUUGAUACCUAUUUUAGCUAUUUCUAACUUAACUGUGCUACAUUUGGCAUUUUUAAUUUUUCUUAAGACUAUAAAGUAAUCGGUACAGAUUCUGAGCUAAAUAUAUUAGCUAACUAAAAAGCUAUAGCUAUUUUGCCCAACUUUUCUGGAUUGGUCGAAUGUCUUUUUGGCUAACUUUCCUUUGUCCUACAUGCUUUUUUCAUUUGUUUUUUUUUUUAUAUUUACAUAAUAACUAAAAUUAAUUAUUUGUUGUGUCAGGGUUAUGUUUUUUAAUGACAUAAAUUUCUUCAAAAUGAGAAAGUACUUUGAAAUGUGUUUAAAUGCUAUCUAUUUAGCAUUUAGUGCUAUUUGUAUGUUAGUCCUAUGUAAAUUAAGUGUUACAUUUGAGUCUCUGGGUAUUUUUUAAAAUGUAUUUCUGGCCCCUUCUUAACAAUGAUUUGACAUCUUAAAGGUACCAUUUAAUGGAUGUAGUAAACUUGGAUAACAAUUCUGUGAUCCUACUAGGAUUUAGUACAUCAUAAAGUGGCAGCUCAUCGUGGUCUUGGCUGUGUUCCUUAUCAGUGUGGCGCUCUGUAUCUGCAGCAUGAGCAAAGGUCUGGAGGAAUUUCACAGUCCGACUCUUGACAUCUACGGGAAUCAAGAACUGCGGGACUCAAACUGCAGUGUAUUCAAGGAAGAAGAAGUAGAAGAGAAAAAAAAGAGUGGACUACGUCAUGGAAAGAAUGACGUCAGGUAUUAUUAGGGCACCGAGGGAAGAGCCUGUGCGGUGAGUGUGUGUGCAGCCUAGGUUGAGUUUAGACGGCACAAACCCUCCAGUAACUGAGGUUCCGCCGCGUACUUUUUCCUCUUCGCAUGCUGCAUCAUAUGAUACGGUUCGUGGAGACGGAGAGACAGAAUCGGGAGGGUUGGGUUUGGGGUGGUGUUAAAUAAUCCUGUUAUUAUAAAGCAACACGGGAGCGAAGAGCGAGUACGAGGGGGGGUCAUGACGUAACCGUUUCCAUAGGCGACUGAUAUGCUGGCUAAGCCAAUGGGAAUCCACACCAGUGGUCCAUACCCAUCCUCCUUUUGACGUACAUCACAUGUCCCCGGCGGUGUUGCAGAAAGAAAGGAGGCGAUAGAGUCCAGAGAGUAACAAGUACGUACUUCCGGUUCAGCCCGCCGAAGAACCUAAACCAUUUCCUUUUUUCGCCAGACUGCGUAUAAAAGACGUAUAAUCAAUGUUCACAUGCGAUUUUACUGCUUGGCUACAGGGACCAAUGACCCACAUUGUAUAUUUAUGGGCUGUAAAAUUGUCUCUGACAAUUUGGUGUUUGUAUGCAAUAUCACGCUUAAUAAGACAACUGAAAAAAAGCUACAGAAUAUUAAAUCCACAACAUUACACACUUUCAAAGUGUGUAAUGUAACAGCAGUAGUGUGUGUGUGUGUAAUAUAUCAGCUGUCGUAUGCUAUGUUAUGAUAACCAGCCAAAUUACUUUAAAUAAUAAAUCAGUAUAAUUAAGAUUAUUUUUUGUUAUGGCAAUGAUGCAUUUUUUAAUAACAUUUCAAUCUUGCUGCAGGUUGAAAAUAUCGCUGGUAAAUUGUUGUACAUUCAUGUUUCAUUAUUACGAAUUGGAUUGGAAGUGACAAAAUGUAGUCACAUCAUAACUGGUCAUCAGAUUCCUGUAACUUCUCGGGUUUAAAAAAAAUUAGAUGAGUCACUUGAGCCAGAUAUGAGUAAUUUCAGCUUGGUUACCAUAAAGUAGCCAUGCGCUCAGUUCAGGGGGUGAACUAUCUUGUCUGUUCAGACUAGCAGCCUCUGGUUGUGGUUGUGACAGCGCAGUGGGCGGGAUCUUACCUCAGAUCAGGGGAGAGAGUUCAGUCUUUGGUGAGACUGAGGGUGAGUUAAAGAGAGAAAGGGACCCGGGGUGCUCUUCAGAGAACGGAAUCUACAUGCAUUGUGAUCUCCGGCUCUGUGGGUGAUCCUGUGUCGCCAUGAGAGUCUAGGAUCUCAGCUCUCCAAGGGAAAUGGCUUCUUUUCUAAUACCCCUACUUGGCUACCUGACUUAUGACUUCCACUGCCUGUAAAGAACCUGCCAGUUAUUUAUGGGAACUAAUAAUUGGUUUGCACUCCUGAGGAUUUAAGUUUUUCCAGGACUACUUUCUUUUGAUUUUUUUUUUUACCUCCCCACUUUAAAAAAACCAAACAAAAAACCAAACAAAAAAAACCCAGAAAACUCCUGCACUUUGCAACAGAGUGGGGAGGUGCUGAGACGAUGGCGAACAACUCGUACAGCGGGGUGAAGAACUCCCUGGUGGAGGCCAACCAUGACGGAGAGUUUGGCUGCAACCUCAAAGAACUGCGCUCUCUUAUGGAACUGAGGGGCGCUGAGGCCCUGAACAAAAUUGGAGAAUCUUACGGGGAUACUCAAGGACUCUGCAACCGAUUAAAAACGUCACCAAUAGAUGGUCUAAGCGGACAGCCUACAGACAUCGAGAAGCGGAUAACAGUGUUCGGGCAGAAUUUGAUACCACCUAAAAAGCCCAAGACUUUCUUACAGUUAGUUUGGGAGGCACUGCAGGACGUAACGCUGAUUAUCCUGGAAGUGGCAGCCAUAGUAUCACUAGGCCUUUCUUUUUAUAAACCUCCAGAUGCCAAAAGAGAAAAUUGUGGAAGGGCUGCUGGAGGUGCGGAGGAUGAAAACGAGGCAGAGGCGGGCUGGAUUGAGGGAGCGGCGAUCCUUCUAUCAGUUAUCUGCGUGGUGCUGGUGACGGCGUUUAACGACUGGAGUAAAGAGAAGCAGUUCCGGGGCCUCCAGAGCCGCAUAGAGCAGGAACAGAAAUUCACUGUCGUUCGCGGAGGACAAGUUAUCCAGAUUCCUGUGGCUGAUAUUGUGGUCGGCGACAUUGCACAAAUAAAAUACGGUGAUCUUUUGCCUGCUGAUGGAGUUUUACUCCAAGGAAACGAUCUGAAGAUUGAUGAGAGCUCGCUCACAGGAGAGUCAGACCAUGUCAAGAAAACACAAGAAAAAGAUCCAAUGCUGUUAUCAGGCACUCAUGUAAUGGAAGGCUCAGGGAAAAUGGUGGUCACUGCUGUGGGUGUCAACUCUCAAACUGGAAUUAUCUUCACUUUGCUCGGGAGUGGCGACGACGAGGACGAGGAUGAGGAGGAGAAGAAAAAGGAGAAGGAGGAGAAGAAGAAACAGAAAAAGAAUAAAAAACAGGAUGGAUCUGUUGAAAACCGAAAGAAAGCUAAAGCACAGGACGGUGCAGCGAUGGAAAUGCAGCCGCUGAACAGCGAGGAGGGAGUCGAUGCAGAAGAGAAGAAAAAAUCCAACCUUCCAAAGAAAGAGAAGUCCGUCCUCCAGGGCAAACUGACCAAAUUAGCCGUACAGAUUGGCAAAGCAGGACUUGUUAUGUCGGCCAUUACUGUCAUCAUUUUGGUGGUGCUAUUUGUGGUGGACACCUUCUGGAUCCAGAACCUGCCCUGGGACAAGGACUGCACCCCCAUUUACGUCCAGUUUUUUGUGAAAUUCUUCAUCAUCGGCGUCACUGUUUUGGUGGUGGCCGUUCCUGAAGGUCUACCUCUCGCUGUGACAAUUUCCCUGGCUUACUCCGUGAAGAAAAUGAUGAAAGACAAUAACCUUGUGCGUCACUUGGAUGCCUGUGAGACCAUGGGAAAUGCUACGGCCAUCUGCUCUGACAAGACCGGUACUCUGACGAUGAACCGCAUGACCGUGGUGCAGGCCUACAUUGCUGAAAAGUACUACAAAAAAGUCCCAGAACCGGAGAACAUCACCCCUUCCAUUUUAGAUAUUCUGAUUUUAGGAAUUGCCGUCAACUGCGCCUACACCACAAAGAUACUGCCUCCAGAGAAAGAGGGUGGCCUGCCACGGCAGGUGGGCAACAAGACUGAAUGUUCCUUGCUCGGCUUUUCUAAGGACCUGAAGCGCGACUACCAGACCAUCCGCAAUGAGAUCCCCGAGGAGAAACUGUACAAAGUUUACACCUUCAACUCAGUCCGCAAGUCCAUGAGCAGUGUGUUAAAGCUGGCUGACGGCAGCUACCGCAUGUUCAGCAAAGGAGCCUCGGAAAUUCUCCUGAGAAAGUGCUACAAAAUCCUAACAGCAAACGGGGAGCCCAAAGUGUUUCGCCCCAGAGACAGAGACGACAUGGUGAAGAAAGUCAUUGAGCCCAUGGCGUCCGAGGGCCUGAGGACCAUCUGCCUCGCCUACAGAGAUUUUCCUGCUUCUGAAGGUGAACCUGACUGGGACAACGAGAACGACAUCCUCAGUGGUCUGACCUGCAUCUGCGUGGUGGGCAUCGAAGACCCCGUUAGACCCGAGGUCCCAGAAGCCAUCAGGAAAUGCCAGCGUGCUGGCAUCACGGUGCGAAUGGUGACUGGGGACAACAUCAACACGGCCAGAGCCAUCGCCACCAAGUGUGGCAUCCUGCUGCCCGGAGACGACUUCCUGUGCCUGGAAGGGGAAGAGGUCAACCGAAGGAUACGCAACGAAAAGGGAGAGAUUGAACAAGAACGCAUUGACAAGAUCUGGCCCAAACUGCGAGUACUGGCUCGGUCCUCACCCACAGACAAGCACACUUUGGUGAAAGGUAUAAUUGACAGCACAGUGAUAGAGCAGAGACAAGUUGUGGCAGUGACUGGCGACGGCACGAAUGACGGCCCCGCGUUGAAGAAAGCCGACGUUGGAUUUGCAAUGGGCAUCGCUGGCACAGACGUGGCCAAGGAAGCGUCCGACAUCAUCCUGACCGACGACAACUUCUCCAGCAUUGUCAAAGCCGUCAUGUGGGGGCGUAACGUCUACGACAGCAUCUCCAAAUUCCUGCAGUUCCAGCUGACGGUCAACGUGGUGGCGGUCAUUGUGGCGUUUACUGGGGCCUGCAUCACACAGGACUCCCCUCUGAAGGCGGUGCAGAUGUUGUGGGUCAACCUCAUCAUGGACACCUUUGCCUCCCUGGCUCUGGCCACUGAGCCUCCCACUGAAGCUCUGCUGCUGAGGAAGCCAUAUGGUCGCAACAAGCCUCUCAUCUCCCGCACCAUGAUGAAGAACAUCCUGGGCCAGGCGGUGUACCAGCUCGUCAUCAUUUUCUCUCUGCUCUUUGCUGGAGAGAAAGUGUUUGACAUCGACAGCGGCAGGAACGCUCCCCUCCACGCCCCUCCCUCCGAACACUACACCGUCGUCUUCAACACUUUUGUGAUGAUGCAGCUUUUCAACGAGAUCAACGCCCGCAAGAUCCACGGCGAAAGGAACGUCUUUGACGGCAUCUUUAACAACCUCAUCUUCUGUAGUAUCGUUCUGGGAACCUUCAUUAUUCAGGUCGUAAUAGUGCAGUUCGGAGGAAAGCCUUUCAGCUGCGUAGCUCUGUCUGUGGACCAAUGGCUGUGGUGCACAUUCUUAGGCUUCGGUUCUCUUCUAUGGGGACAGGUCAUCUCUACGAUACCCACCAGCCGCUUAAAGUUCCUGAAAACGGCGGGCCACGGCACACAGAAGGAGGAGAUCCCCGACGAGGAGCUGGAGGAGCUGGAUGACAUGGAAGAGAUCGACCACGCCGAGCGGGAGCUGCGCCGAGGCCAGAUUCUCUGGUUCCGAGGCCUGAAUCGCAUCCAGACUCAGAUGGAUGUAGUGAGUGCGUUCCAGAGUGGAACUUCCUUUCAGGGGGCUCUCAGGCGGCAGGCCUCCAACUCCAGCCAACAACAGCACGAUAUCCGAGUGGUGAAUGCAUUCCGCAGCUCCAUCUCCCUCUAUGAGGGUCUGGAGAAGCCAGAGUCCAGAACCUCCAUCCACAACUUCAUGACCCAUCCAGAAUUCCGGAUAGAAGACUCUGAGCCCCACAUCCCCCUCAUUGACGACACCGACGCAGAAGACGACGCUCCCACCAAGCGCAAUUCCGCCAGCCCCCGCAACACCACGCCGACGCCACCGCCGCCCUCGCCCACACCCUCGCCGGCCACCACCACCACUGUCGUCGUGCCCACAGCGCCGGUGUCGCCCUCCCCUUCCCCCAACCAGAACAAUAACGCCGUGGAGAGCAGCAACCACCUCAUUCCCGACGGCCCUAAAUCAGGAACCCCCUCGGCCCCCGGGAGCCCCCUACACAGCCUGGAGACCUCCCUUUGAUCCCACCCUCCUCACCCUGCACGUCAUCACCCACUUUUUUUCUACCCACCACCUCCAUCCAGGAGCUCAACUCGGACAAGAGGACGAGAAGGAACAGUGACCGUAAGGGAAGGAGGGAGGAAGGGAGCGGAGGAGGAGGAGGAGGAGGAGGAGGAGACGGAGGUCUGGAAGGAAACAGGAGUCUUGGUUUCAGGCUGGACUUAAAGAACAGCAAACAUUCAGAGGAAUGUGCAGCUUGGUGUGGAUGCUUUGGUCUUCUUUUGUCUUUGGUUCUUAUUAAUCCCUGGCUGCGACAGACGGACUCCACCCCUCCCCCCUCCGUAACUCUUAUUUUUCUCGGUAAAGAAGGGGCGAUUAUAAACUCAGAUUGAAAGUGACCUGUUUUUAUUAUUCUAUUAUUAUUAAUAUUAUUAUUAUUUUAAUUUUUGCGAAGAGGAGGCCUCCUUCCUCCCGGCUUGAAGAUGGUCUGUAAGAAAUCCGAAAGGAACCUUUAGCUUCUCUUUUAUCUGAAUGGUGUUGUAUAUUUAUCUCUUUGGCCCUUUUUGCUCAUUCAAAUCGUAUUUCUGCUCCAUUGGCUGUUAAUAUUUCGAGUUAUUUAUGUUUUUGUUUUUUUUUUUGGAAAAAAAGCAGGUCUGUUUACAAAGUUUGUAGAUACUUUUUUUCUGUUUGUGGGCAAAAGAGCUUCCUGAUGUGUGACGCAGAGAACUGGGAGAGAGGGGGGGAAAAAAACAAAAAACGGACGAAUGAGAGGAUUAUUUCAGAUACUGCUGUAUUUUCAGGAAAAAAAGGUGUUUCUAUUGAAACUUAACUAUUUUUGCCUGCAAGUUUUAUUUGUUAUAUAUUUGUAGAUAAAUAUAGAAACCUCUAGCCAAACCGACAAACACUAAGGCUUGUAUAGAAACAGGAGGUCCAUCACGCGGAGACGUUUCCCUUACACGAGACGGGACGAGAUGGGAAAGACAAACAGGGCCUCUGUACACUAACGUUGCUAUAAAUAUUUACUUCCUACAUUUCUUGGGUAGUUUUCAUGUGCACAAAACCUUCUGGAUUCUCUUUACAUUCAUUAUGUUGUGUUCCAGGAUUUCCACAUGUUGAAAGGUUCCACCGUUUAAAGGGAUUUUAGGAAAAAAUGCCUGGGUUUAUCAAGCAUCCCCCGAUGGCGGCAUAAAUCAGGCGGAAAGUUUGUCAAAAGGAGAAAAAGUCUUAUCUCGGUGUCUCUCAGGGAGUCUGCAUCUUUUUGCUCAAUUCGAUGACGUCCAAAUUCUCAGAGGUCAAAGGCCAGAUGACGCCUGAAAUAAAAGGAGAGCAAAAAGAAACAGUCCUGUGUUCAUGAGGUAGAGCUGGAACUUAAUUGAAUUCUAAUUCCUGCAUUCUCAAUAUUUGGGCCACUGUUUAAUGUUUGCAUGGGCUUCAGCAAAUGUUGAUGAACCUCCACUUCCCUGGCCCUCUAGGGGGAGCUAUAGAUGUAGCUGCAUGGUUGUGGGUUGUUUGUUCUGUGUUGAUGUACGUAACACUAGCUCAUGUCCAACUUUCUUCUACUGGAACAUUAAUAUAGCUUGAGACGCUAUUGGAUGGAAGGGUUCACAAGUGGAGCAUGGGGGAGGGCAGCGCAGCAUCAACUUUUUCUUUUUAGACCUUCUAUAAAUCUGGAAAGAAAGAGAGAGAAAAAAAUGUUAUAACUGCAUUCCUUAACACUAACCACGUUAACCUUUGACAUUGAUUAACUUUUUUUUGUUUUGUUUUUCCUCUGGUCUGAUCCCAGCCCCCCUCCCCCCCCCCAAAAAAAAAAACUCUCCUUCAUUUGUUCUAACAGUGGACACUAACUCCCGCCUCAGUCUUAUUCAUUAGCUUUAAUUCCUUGUGAAAUGUUAGGUCUCGACCAAACUCGCAACCCGCACUUUCCUCUGAGCUGAUAUAUAUAUAUAUUGUUUUUCCUUCAGUCAUUUGUCCUUUUUUUGACAGCAGUGCAGUUAACCGUUCACUUGAGAAGAACUUAUUUAUUUUAGAACAAUGCUAAUGACAUUACACUAAAAAUCUUCAGACGAUGCUCACUCCCAUGAGGACACUAUGAGCUUGGUUUCCUGUCUCUGGAUGCUUGAUAAACUCAGAUAUUUUUCUUCUUUUUUGUGCAAUUUUAAUUUUUUUAUUUAAAUUUUCUUUACCAAACUUCAGCCCCAGCCAAUGUCCAAAUACUGACUUUUUUGUCUCAGGCGUAGUAAAAGUAUUUGAAAGGAAGUCAUGAAGGAGGGAAAACCUUUUAACUUGUUGUAUUUACUUAGUCUUGGUCAAAAAGCAGGUGAUUUUUUUUUUCCAUUCAGAACCUCUGUGUUCUUUUUGUUGACCUCUUCAAAAACCAAGUGAAUAAAAAAAAGACUUUUUUUUUGUCCUUCAGCCCAGCCCAAAGGCUUUUGUCCACGGUAAAUAAAUGUUGCUGCAUUUGAUGGGUUUGUAAGAUAUUUUUGACACCUGUUGUACUGGAAUUGCUACUUUAAAAAUUGGAUAAGUCAAUUUUUCAAGAAUAAAUCCUAGACAUACACUGGUAUCUGUCAGCACAGGGUACUUUCUUUCAUACCAGUUCUUGUGAGGCAGAAGAAUUUUGAUACAGAUCACAAUUUAAAAAAAAGAAUAUAUGAACCUUUGUAUUUUUAUGACAAACAAAUACUGGUGAUUACCUUUCGUUGCAGUCCACUUCUUUUUCAUUUCUUUUUUAAAUUUGACACCAAUCACAUAAACACAGGGAGGGGUCGUCCACUAAAAUGUGUGUUGUUCUGGAAUAUUUCAUCUCAGGGUGCGAAUGGUGUGAAAGAGAACAGGCUUCUUUUGGUUUGUUACUUAAUUAAAUGUUUUUGGAGAAGGUGCUCGUCAACUUGCGUAGGAUGACUCCAGAGCCGAGCUACCUGGUCACCUUCACCUGACGGGACACGGACGGAGGUGAACAUGUUAACAAAAAAGUCAACGUUCUCGGAGGAAAUGGUUUGUUUUCCUUGUUUUACAGAUGACACAACUGCAGCUAGGGUUCGCAUACAAGGCGAGAAAAACGGAAUCCAUACCUGAGGAGUUUGUUUGUUCUGUAGCUUCUUUCCUGUCAACGGGAAUGAAUGUUUUUUUUUUUUCCAUCUGUUUUAUGGAUUUAUUAUUUUUUUAUCUUUUAACAUUUGGAAAUAAAGAGUACUUCAUGUCUGUUUAUCUUGAGCAUUUUAAAUGGAUAUCGUGAUUGGAUUUACAUUUGAAACUUGUCAAGUAAUGUGUAUGGUUUUUAAAAAUAAAAAAUGUAUUUAGCCUAAA